UUCUAUUUUUUGUAUAAUUAUUUUCAGUUGUUUGGAAUAUUCUCCAGAUUGUAAUUAUAUAGCAUGCGGGGGACAAUUUAUUUCAGUAUUUGAUUUGAAUAUGACACAAUCUGUUCAAUAUAUGCCCUGCAAUUCACCAGCAACCAACAUUCGAUUUAAUCCUGCCGAAUGCUUGUUGGCAACAUCACAUGAAGAUCAAACAGUUCGUUUUUGGGACAUAGAUACAGGAGAAUGCGUUACUCAAUCACCCUCAUUUGAGCGAAUUGUGGGGCAAAUCUGUUUUCCACCUGAUGGGAAAUAUUUAAUAGUUAAUAUUGGAACAAAAAUUUGCUCUAUUAGAUGGGAACCAUUUGAAUUGUUAUCUCAAGUUUCAUUUCCAUUUGGUGGUCAUUUCCCUAUUAAUACUUCUUUACAAUUUCCUAAUGAUUUGAAUGAAUUUACACCACUUACACAUUUAGACAUAAAAGUCCAAAAUAAUUUAAUGUUUGGGCUAAGUAUUGUAAAUGAAGAUUCUGACAAGAUUGGUACUGUUUGUCUUUCAACAAUUAGUUUAGAUGUAAGUUUUUUUUUUAAACUUAUAAGUACAAUAGUUGUUAUUUUUAAUUACUAUAAUUUAACAAAAUCGUCUUAUUUAUUUAUUUAUUUAUUUAUUUACGUAUUUUAA